AUGUCUCAGGGUGGCCAGCAGGGGCAGUUCAAUUUCGCGAAAUUUGCAUUUAACAUAUAUGGUACGUUGAGUGCACCGCAGUCGACUGAGUCGAACUCACCAAAUUCGUCAGUCAGUUCUCAAAACUCCAAACUCCUGCAGCAGCAGCAACAGCAGCAGCAACAGCAGCAGCAACAGCAGCAACAACAACAUUUAGAGAGACACAGGCUAGCUUAUACAUGCGACCGAGAAGCACAAGCAUUGGGCCAAUUGAAUUUCGGUUUGCAAAUAAAUAACCAUGGUUCGGGCAAUAACCACCAUGUUGUGAUUGGCGGUAAGAACAUUCUACGACUUUUAUGUUUAAGUCACGAUGAGCAGCAUAUUUUACAAGAUAUUAAUCUAUUGGACGUUAAGUCGCUUCAUUAUACUAGAACACCAAAUAAAAUAAACAACAUAAACACCCUCAAAACCCGUUUGAACACUAUUGCGUGUGGGCUAUCCAAUGGGGCAAUUUCAAUAUACAAGAUCCUACCUUCAGGACAAGGUAAACUUUAUGCCACGUUGUCGGAUCAUAAGAGGACGGUAAAUUCCUUGGACUUUGUUGAUUCCGAGAACCAAAUCGUGUCUGGCUCUCAGGACGGAAGCAUUAAAUUGUGGGAUCUCAGGGCAUCGGUCACUAAGCCCGUUUUCACGCUACAAGCGAACCUUCAUAAUGACCCCAUACGAGCCUGUCAGUAUAGUCCUCAUUCUUCAGUGAGGAAUAAAACCUGUAUAUUAUCAGUCCAUGACUCGGGUGCGUUGUGCAAAUUCGACUUGAGGUCAGGUUCGGGAACUAAUACCUAUUCACCAGAUAGAAAAUGGAACCUUCAUUCUGGUCCCGUGUUAUCUUUACACAUACACCCAGAAAAAGAGUAUGUAGCGACAGGUGGUAGAGACCACAAAAUCUGUAUAUUCAACUAUGGCGAGAAUCGGUCCUCCUCGAGAGCAGUACCAGACAACAUCAUCAACACUUAUGGGUCCAUAUUAAAAGUGAGGUGGAGCGCGUAUCCAAACAAAUGGCGCGAGCACGAGGGAUCAAUGCCAAAUCAUAACCUGUUGUCAAAUUACGAUUUGGCAUGUCUGUAUUUAAAUGACGAUCCUACUGUUACCAUAUUCAACUUAAAUCGAAAGUUCAUACCAAAACAAGUCAUCAAUUCGUAUUCUCAAAAAGCCAUGACAAAUUUUAUGUGGGCUCAAAAUGAACUGUGCAGUCGUCGAAUAUGGACUUUGAACAAGUCUAACCAAUUUGUGGCUUACAAUCUAGACCUGAACUUCGACCCGGAAGUGGAAAGACCAUUGGACAAUUUAAAUAGCAUUGGAAUGACAUGGAAUAGCAAUGAUGAUAUCAUGAUGGUCAAUCAAGAAAAAGAUGAUUUUGAAUUACUCGAUGAUGCUACCGUGUUUGAUGAUAUGCCUUUAGAAGAUCGUGAACGUGCCUCAAGCUUCGAGCACGAUGAGGAAGCUAGAUUGGCGAGCUUCUCGGGGCCUGUUACCCCCUUUGGAGAAAAGCCGCCAUUAGUUCGAUCACACACUCACAAUCCGAUGCUACAUUUGACAGCAAAAUCCCCUUCACCGACUUUUCGACACCUGAUGGCUGGGUUCGAUGCAAGUGUUUCUUCUACGCCUAGUUUUGGAGGGCAAGGGCGGCCAAAGAUGACAAGAAACUCAUCUCAAAUAACUCAAGAAUCCAUGGCAUCUUUUGGAUCGACACUUGCCGCUAGUCCAAACGCAUCUGCAAUCAAAUCCAAAAGACUGGUCAAAAUGAAUCCUUUAGUGAUGUCACCAUUUGCAAUACCCGUGUCACUUCCAUUCAAUGAUGAGGAAACAUUCAAGUUCUUGGCCGCGGAAUAUAUGGUACAAGUUCCCGAAGGAUUUAAUCAUGCGGAGAUUUGCCUAAUGAAUGCAAAUGCGGCAAAUGAAGUCGGAGCUUAUAGAACUAGUCAAGUUUGGAAAUUAUUGAGUGUCACUUUAUUAGAGGAGCUAGCGCGAGGAGGUGGUGGGAGCGGCAAUGGAGGUGGUGGGGGAGGAGAAGUGGCAGCUGCGGCGACAGAGGCAGCAGCAGUGAAUGAAAGUUUUCGAAUAGUCCAUUAUGAACUGAAACUCGAUACCCACACAGAAAAGUCAAUCCAGUCAGAUCUAGAUAAUGUGAUUGGCUCAUUUAAUUCGAAUUCGACCCUGACAACCAAAUAUGGGCGCAGUGGUAGCAUACCGAGAAGGUCUAUCUCUGGAGUUCCAUCACAUCGAGUUAGCCCGCCUAAUCUGGCAAAUCAUAGCGGUGCUAGUAGCUUCUCUCACAAUUGCAAAACCAAAAAGCACGAUGAAGAAGCUUUGAGCUCACAUUCGCAAAGCAAGUCCUUCCCCAUCAAGUCACCAGCCAGCUCUGAUCUUCAAGUUGAUAAUUCGUACUUGAUGAAAUCAGUGUUUCUCAAUUCCAGCCCAAAUUCAGCUACCAAUGCUUCAAACCCCGCUAGUUCCUCAAUGGCCCCGUCUACUAGUAACAAUAAUAAUAAUGGUAAUGGUAAUGGUAAUGGUAAUGACAAUAAUAAUAAGUAUAAUAGUGGUCAUGAUGACCAAAUUGGAGGUGGCGGUUUCAGUCAACUUCCUUUUCAAGAAAUUCAGCAGGAAAAUGAGGCUAAGGCUCAGGCCGUAACUCUGAAGCAACCUAUUCAAUCAGUAUUGUCCAUGGCGCUAAAGACUGCUAACACAAAGGCAUGGACAUUUAAAGUAUUGUUGAAGAAAUCGAUAGAGUAUGCCAUCAUGCAAGGAGACAUAACAUUCACAGCUACUGUUAGUUUACUAUUUUCAGAAGUUGCCAAGGACGUAAUAUCUAUUGAACAAUCUUUAGAAUGGCUUUCACUAUACAUUGAGAUGUUGCAAAGAAAAGGACUCUUUGUACAUGCCAUCAAGAUUUUGAACGCGGCUCCCAUGGAAGCAAAGGAAAAACUAGUAUCUUUAUAUUCUGCAGAUACAGCGAGAUUUUACUGCUCGAUAUGCUCCAAAUUGUUGGUGAACGAAACCUCUAAAAAUAAUGGAAAUGGUGAAUUUGGAUAUUGGUAUUGUGAUGAAUGUCACAAAUUGCAGUCCAAUUGUGUGUAUUGUCAUGAGCCAUGUAAGGGUCUAGUCGUUGCAAUUAGCUUGAAAUGUGGUCAUCGAGGUCAUUUUGGUUGUUUGAAAGAAUGGUUUGUUGACGAGCAAAGUGUCGAAUGCCCGGGUGGCUGCGACAUGCCGAUUUUCACUUGA